AUGAAGAGUUCAAUUACUCUCGUUUGAAGCAGUGAAAUCGCUUCUCCUUUUUAUUUAAGAGGAAUUGUUUAAUGCUGAAGAAUUAAUAGCGUGCAGCACAGUGGAAAAAUCAGUGUGCUCUUCAAAUCAUAGGCUUAAAAGAGCAUCAAACACUUUGUUUGAUGAGACUAUCGACUCCUUCCUAGAUUGAUAUCAAGUGCUCCAGUUCGUUUGUCCCAGUGAUUUGGACACUCCAGUUAAUUUGAGACAACAUCAGAGUGACAGUUUAAUUACGAAGGACUUGGUGCCACCCAGUAGUCCAAGUCGUUAAACUUCUCCGUAAGUAUUCAUUCUGAUACGAAUAAACAGAAUCUUUUAUGUCUCAUAGAUUUGUUCCGGUCGUUGAUACGUGGAUGAGGCUGUAGUUUCACUGAAUUCUAUGGGGAUAUUUUGAUGCGCCUCGCUAGUUCUCAACAUAUAUAAAGCCACAAAGCAAGCGCUAAACGCGUAGUUGGGUAUCUUUAUAGCUUCAGAUCAACAUCAAUUGGAUUUUGACGGUCUUUAUCACUCGGUGGAACUGGUUUCAUAUAGAGAACCCAUACAGAAAUGAAGAACGAACGAUUGUUUGUUUUAGCAGUACUCGUUACCAUGCUGAUACUUCGGGAGCUCACCGAUGGGAAAAAAGUUGUUAUCCAUUUACCGUACAAAGUCAAGAACAUCAAGCAUACACACACAGUCUACAAAGUUCUACCUCAGAUACAUGAGGAGAGAAAAAACGAGCAUAGCGAGGAACCUGAAGAGUUUGAUCAUUUUACCAAAUGAUAAUUAAGCAUUUACCUGUUUAUUAAGAAGAAUCAAAAGAAUGCAGUGACUACGGGAUGUACAAAUAUGAAGAGAACUAUUUAAUUUUUAUAUAUAACAAAUAAAUAUUUAAUUUAUGUCAAAGUAUUCUCGGUGUUAGUUUCAUCUUCAAUAUUGUAAGGAAUUUGCAAUCUAUAGUAUAUAGUAUCAAGGAUAAUGUGAAAAGAGACAUCAUAUUGUACGGUAUUGGGAGUCUUAUAUACCCUACGUACACUAUGACUCAUUCAAUUUUUUUAGAGCCCAAUAAAAUGUGUGAAUCGAUGUUUCA